AAGCGGUUUUGUUUUGUUGUUUCGUUGUUUGAGUUUGAAUUAAUUCCUCAAUCACUCUUCUAAAGAUUUAAAUUGUAAUAUCAACGCUCUAAAGACACAAACUUACUCAUAUUCUUCAACACAACAAUUAGGCCACUACAAUCCUCAGAAUAAUCUACAAUGAUGAAUCUAGAUGAAGGCUGUACAAUCCUUAGUCAGGCUUUCCCUGACACCAUUGUAAAAGUUACAAAACCUCCAGUUUACAUAUCCAGUUUGCUGAUUUCACAUCAAGAGGAUCCAAUCAUACUGGUUUACAAAGAGGGUCAACCACUCAACAUUGAUCACAAAAAUGGUUUCUCCGUGACCGACAUAAGUGGAUUGGAUAACAGUUUACAUGACUUGUCAUUGACUGGCCAGCCAUUGGAGUGUCCGUUCGGCAAUGAUGAUGAUCUGGACGACACUGUAACGAUGGACCCUGUAGUCCUUACUGAGGAGAGUUUCCACGCCCCUUUGUCUAUGAAAGAAGCCAGGAAAGUGUUAUCUACAGUAACUAUGAAGAUGGGUCCCUUGCCAGCACCAGUGUGGGUUUUAUGCGAUACGUCAGAUGCUCUCAAACAUUUUCUUCUCUCGACUGUCGUCGAGUCGUCUCAUUGGAGAACCAUUUCUUGGGCCACAGCACACUCACUUCAAACGGAGAAGAUCGCUAUUAAGGAGAUGUUAGACAAAUUUGAGGAAACUUUCAAGAUAACUUCUGGUUACAAGCAAACCUCAGAAGUAUGUUGUGUAUUCAAAAUAGACUACCCAGGAAUACCAAAACACUCCAAGUGUUAUCUUGAAGCGAAAUGGAAGAAGCCGUCGUAUGAGGUCCCUGUAAAUCAAGCGGAUACAACUUUAAUAGUGGAUUGCAGCGUAGGCCAGGCCGAGUCGCAGAUAUCUCGGUGGUGGGAUCAGCUGAUCCAUCUACACAAGUACAUAGAGAUGAUCAAAGAAUGGAAACAAAGUCAGGUGGUCCAAGUCACGUACCAGCGCGAUGGCAUGAAGCUGCCGAGUUUCAACAGUAGCACAGAAGAAGCCGGGAAGAGAGAGGCGUUGUCAGAGCGGCUGACCGAGUUACUUCAGAGUUCUGACAGUAUGUCAGUCUGCAGACAGCUGGAUAAUCAUGUCAACCUGACAUCAGUACUCAACUCUACCAUUCAUGAGCUGCUCACUGACAAGCAGAAGGGCCAGGACUUUACGGACCGACUUUGGAGUCUGCUCAUCGAAGCGGAAACCUACCAGGAGUUGAAAGAAAGUUUUCGUCUUGUGAUCAGAGAAGUGAGGAAGCAGUCUAUCAAACCAUAUAUAUUUGCCAAGAACCGCACACGGUUAGCCAGCCUGCUUCGCAACAUCAAGUCGAGCAGUUCAGACGUAGAGUUUAUGAUGGAACCUCUGGAACUGUUGGUAGAGAUGGGACUAGAGAAACUCAAACGAGACUACAUGUUUAUGUUCUUAGCAUCAAACAUCACAAACAUGCAAAACCUGUCUGCCCCCGAUCUUCCAAGUUUCAGUGAGGUACCCAGUCAUGAGUGGCAGUCGGCAGUAGACACCUGGCUCACCUGGCUGUCACAGCUGCACACAGUGUUGGAGUUGGUCUCCGUCAUACAUACCACCAUGGACGUUCCCAUCAUCAUGCAGUUCACUGGCCUCGCUCUGUCCAAGUUCGUCAGUCCCAACUCUCUGGUCCAGUCGUUUACCCACCUGGUCAACAACAGGUCGUACCAGAUGAGGGCCCCUGUUAUUACCAAAGAGGUUAAAACAUUUAUUGAAGGAGACAAGAUUUUCUACAAAUGGAUGCUUAAGCUGACCGCUGAGUCCAAAUUUCGACGAGCGUCUUCAACUUAUGUGCUUCUUGAACAGUCGCCUUUGCCUCAACAAAUCUCUUUGAUUGUCCAGGAGAAAUCAUUAAAUGAAACUGACAUCCUGUCAGAAACUGCUGGGCUGAUAAGUGCAACAGAGAUCCAAGAGAUUCAGGACAAGUACACGUACAUAGAACUUUCCUCGAUAUCUGACAAAAUCAUGUGUUGAUCUUGUGUUGUCUGCGGAUUUCAGCCAACCGGUGAUUGUAAAUAUGUGUUAACUGGACAAUUGUAUAAAAACUAGUGUAUACUUAUAAAUAUGAAUUUUUUGUAAGUUA